AUGCCGGUUGUCGAUUCUCUCGCAGGAGUUGAAGGUUCUCGUUCUGAGAUUCUUCUAUUUUUCGGAUUCUUUCUUCCAAAGAAGGUCCCGAGAUCCAUUGCCAGCCGAAGUGCUCGCUCCUCAGAAGAAGGAGAUGAGGAAGAAGAAGAGGUCGGAGAAAAUCCCUUCGGAGGUGAAGACAUCACACUCGCUGAAAUGAGAAAUCAAAUGAGGCGACAGAUGCGAAAGAAAGAUAGAGAAAUUUCUCAGUUGAAUGAUAAGAUGACUGAGAUGAUGACUCAGAUGACGGCCAUGAUGGAAAUGAUGCAGAAGACCACUUCUGUGGGCCCUGCACCGGCCCAACCCGUCAACCAAGCUGCUAAUUCUCAAAACCCUCAAGCGUCUCAAGGCUCAGGAGUGAAAGGUGUACUUGAAGGUGGCAAAAAAACUGAUGAUCCAACCUGCCAGCGUACUCCACAAAAUGUGGCGAGUGCCUCUGAACCUGUAACUGCAUCGCAGUUGGAAGGCUUAAUCAGUGAAAAGAUCAAGGCCAUUAUAGGUGCUGAACAGGCAGAGAAGUUGGUAGGAAAAGGUUGCCCAUACCCGACAGAAUACGAUCAAGUGCCCUAUCCAAAGGGAUAUUCUGUACCGAAGUUUAACAUCUUCGAUGGAAAUAAAAAUCCCAGGCAGCACCUCGCACAAUUCAAAGCUACCUGUGGGAACACAGGGGGUAAUGAUGCCCUGCUAUUCAGGCAAUUCGUAAGCAGCUUGAGUGGAACUGCUUUCGAAUGGUAUGCUGAGCUGCCAAAUGAUUCUCUAAAGACCUUCGCAGAACUAGAGGCAUUGUUCGUGAAAAGAUUUGCCAGUGCAACAGAGAAGACUACCAUUGCUGAUCUCGCUCUCGAUAAAAGAAGAAAAGACGAAUCAGUGACGAGGUAUAUAACACGCUGGCGCAAUCUCAGCAUGAAGUGCGAGCAGCAGCUGGAAGAAGAGCAUGCAGUUCAACUGUUGAUGGGGAAUAUUGAUGAUAAAAUGCAACCCUUCUUAUGCAUGGCUUUUAUCAUGACCUUCCAAGAUCUGUUGGAUAGGGUGGCAAAAUUUGAGAAGUUAAAAUUAUCAAUGUCUGAAAGCUUUCCUGAUAAAUCCAAAAAGGCGAAAGCUCCUGAUGCCAGAAAGAAUGAGGUUUACUCUGCAUUCCCUCCCAGACCUGAUAAAGGUAAACGGGUAGUGUAUAAUGUGGAUAAAGGAAAGCAGCCAAUGCAAUACGAAGAAAAGCCAAAACAGGCUUACAAUUCAAUCCCUCAACCAAAACUGGUUCUUGGAGGAAAUGAUAAACCUCGAGCCUUUCCUGGUGGAGGAGAGCGCCAGAGGCAACCCACGGGAACUGGUGAUAGAACGUUCCCUUCUCUGAAGGAGAAAAUGAAUAAAGAAUAUUCAUUUAAAAGGGAGAGUGUCGCUAAACUAUUUCGACAAGCACUCAAGAACGGUCUAGAAUUGCCAGAAUGCAAAAGACCUGAAGAGUCCAAACAUAGUGGCGACCCAAACUACUGUCCAUAUCAUCGGGUAGUUAGCCAUCCAAUUGAAGAUUGUUAUGUCUUCAAAGAUUGGUUGGAAAAGAUGUACAAAAGGGGAGAAUUAACAUUAUCAGAUAAUGUGUUAGUUCGUCCCGGAAAGGGAUCCACCCGGGUAGUCACGUCCUCUUCCGUACUCCCGUCUAAAGAAACAAUAACAAAAAAAUCUGUUCAAGUAUCCACCUCUAAAGAGCAACCUGGCCAAGCUAGCUCAUCCAAAUCUGGCAAAGCAAAGCCAAAGUCUUCAAAGAAGAAAGCCAAGUUGAAGAAGCCUAUGACGAAGAACACUGUAACUCAAAAGGCUAUUGAUGAUGAAAAGGAAGAAGAAGCUGAGGCUGAAUCCCUUCCUACAGAGACAUGUCGAGUCAUAUCUGUGGCAUCAGAGAUAUCAGAAAGGGAGAAAUACGCUGAAGAAGCGGCCCCUGAGGUCUGUCUAAUGGUAUCAUCAAUGGAAUUCAGUUCAGAUGAUCUAUGUUUUCCAGAUGAUGAAGAUUCAGACCCAAGCAUAGAAUCACAAAUGAAACAAGUGAAGUUGGGAGACGAUUCCGAGUCUACAGAUGAAUCCCCAGACACAACAAUGGCUGAUUCUGAAGAGAAUGAUUCAUCAAAUAAGUCUGAAUCAGAUGAGGUGGCCCAAGUACAGUUGAGGAGUGGCAAAGUACUGCCACCUCCACUGAAGAAAGGAGCUCCUAACAAAGAUAAAGGAAAGGAGAUAAUUAUCAAUGAAAAUAUUAUCUCUGAAGACUCCAAGAAGAAAGAGACUUCAUCCAAGGGGAUAGAUUAUAAUAUCUUAUCCCACUUGAGGAAGAUCCCAGCACAACUCAGUAUAUAUGACGCCCUCUUGAUGUCUAAAGACCUUCGAGAGACUUUGAUUCAAGCUCUCAAGGACCCUGAAAGAUAUGAGGCAUAUUUUGCUGAACGCAACUUGACGGAAGUCUUGCAAGCUCGAAAUGAGCCCCUCAUCACCUUUGCUGAGGAUGAUAUGAUGCUUGGAACGGCAGAUCACAAUCGCCCAUUGUAUGUUACGGCAGAAAGCGACGAUAUGGUGAUCAGUCGAAUUUUGAUUGAUCCUGGAUCUUCCGUAAAUCUCAUGAGCUUGAAAGCAUUGAGAUCAUUGUGCCUUGAUGUGGAACAUCUUGGGCAAGACAAGUUGAUGGUACACAGCUUCAAUGAGAAAGGGCAGAAAAUUCUUGGAUCAUUUAUGCUCCCUCUUGUAUUUGGAGAGCUCCAUACAGAAGCUAAAUUCCAUGUGAUUGAUGCAGGCACCUCAUUUAAGGCGCUACUAGGUCGCCCCUGGUUGCACGACUAUGGCGUUAUCCCUUCAACAUUACACCAGUGUAUGAAAUAUCUCAGAGAAGGAGAAGAAUUCAGGAUCUCUGGCGAUAUUCAGCCCUUUGCAGUACAUGAAGUAACAGUUUAUGAAGAUGCUAAGUACUUCAUGUCAAAGAAGCAAAAGUCAUCAAGUUCUCUUGAGGCUAGAGCAUCAAAUUCUAAGGCUGCAAAGAAACCCAAGCAAGAAGGUGAUAAGAAGCGUGUAGGAAGAAAGAAGGCAGCGCCGGCUCUUCCCAAAUCACCAACUCUUCCUAAAGAAAAGAAGCAUGUCCAAACCCAAUAA